CAAUGGGCAGUGAUAUUAAGCAGGGCGAAUGUUAUUCGAGUAAUUCCAUAAUGACAAGCGAUAAAACAACAACACACAAUUCCAACUCCAUUUUAUAAUAGCCUUUUUGCAGCUGAAGCUGGGCUGACCAUAUCACAAUGGCUCUAUAACAGCUAGUUGCCGGAAAGCUGAAUACAGAUGGAUAUCUGACAAGAACAACAAUAUAGCAGCUGGUUCUGCUGCUGCUGAUUUCCCGCUGGUGGUAACUUUGAAGUUUUCUAUGAAGCUCUAUCGAAACUGAAGUACUUGGACAUGGUGGAAAAUUGUAGGGGUCAAAAUUUGCAGGACAACGCCUAUAUACAUUUCUCAAAGGGCAAGCGCAACUGCAUAGGUUGGAAAUAUGGUUUAAUGUCCCUUAAAAACGCGCUUAUCAAACUAUUGAGAAAUUAUGGAUUCAGCACCAGUUGUCGAGCCCAGGAUUUGAUUCUCGAACAUAAUAUGACACUCAAGUUUCAGGAUGCUCCCUUUUUGGAACUCGAUCGAAGGCCUUGAACUUUGAGUAAAGCU